UGGGUCUCUGGGGGACGGAGGCCGUUCGCUCGCCCCGCCAAGAAGCCUCUUCCUCGGCGGACCCGCCUUGAUGAGCCGCCCCAGAGUGAUACAGGUUUUAGACCCAGGACCUCUGACGAGUUCAGUCAUGGCAGUCGACAUGGCCAUGAGAUUCUGUCUCUCCCAUUCCCCUCCUCUGAAAAGCUUCCUUGGCUCUUACGAAGAAUGCCGAAGAAGAAACCUCGUGAACAGAUUGAAACCCCUAAGACCGUGUCUUAACGUUAAACGUGAAGCUGAAUCUCAAAAGGACUGGAGCCGCUCGCCCAGCAGAGCCAAGAAGAGAGUGGUGUUUGCCGACUCCAAGGGCCUGUCGCUCACGGCCAUCCACGUCUUCUCGGAAUUCCAGGAGGAGUCCCUGUGGGAUCUGCAGUUCGACCUGAUUGAUCUCCAGGACAUCACAGCCGGCUUAAAACUCCACGAGGAAAAAAAGCUGAUCUUGGAUUUCUCUCAGCCUUCAGCCGAUUACCUGUGCUUCCGGAAUCACUUGCAAAAGAACUUUGUCUGCCUCGAGAACUGCUCCCUGCAAGAGAGGACGGUGGCGGGGACUGUCAAAGUGAAAAAUGUGAGCUUUGAGAAGACGGUCCAGGUUCGUAUCACCUUUGAUUCCUGGAAAACGUACACGGAUGUCGAUUGCGUCUUCAUGAAGAACAUCUAUGGAAGCUCAGAGAGUGACAGCUUUUCAUUUGCUGUCAACUUGCCGCCCCUCAUCCCGCCUCACGAGAAGAUCGAAUUUUGCAUUUCUUACCGCAGCGGGGGCCAGGUCUUCUGGGACAAUAACGAAGGCCAGAAUUAUAAGAUUGUGCACGCGUGCUGGAAACCUGACGGAGUGCAGGCGGCCUCCCAGGACAGUGUGAUUCUCCAGACCCAGAACCAAACUGAACCUGAAUCGCCUCUGUUUGGCAGCCCUAGAUUGGCUGGUGGCUUCUUUCCCGAAUGGCAGAGCUGGGAGAGAUUUGAAAACUUGGUCUCAUUUUAAUUAAGCCAUUAGCCGGCCAAACCUGGUGGAAUACGAUAAUGGAAUGUAGCUGUCUGUCUGCAUUACUUAUCCAUAGCAGUGUUAGGAAACGUUUGCUGCAUUUCCUUCUGUAGUUUGGGGAUGGGUAUUUGAAGCCUUAUUUUCAAGAAAAGGCCAAACGAGGAACUCAAAGGCCCUUCAGGCCUCCUAAGUAAGAUUGGUCAAGGGUCUGUAAAGCUUGUCUGAUGUAGUCUAUGAGCAGUAUUUGAUAAGUGAACAACCAGAAAAAAAAAAGCGUAUGUGUGGAUGUAUGUAUGUUUAGGUAAGAAAACUUCGAAGAAGUCCAAAUGAUGGGGAAAGAACACUGUGCUAAUGGUGUGGGGAAUGUCUGAAUGGGAACCGCAAUUCCUCGUGAACACAAGUGGAAGGGAAACUGGAGGUGCCCCGAAAAUGAUGGAGAACAAUUCUGAGGCAGUUCUCUGAGUGUCCCUUGAAGGUACCUAAUAAUCGUAGGAAAUAAAGGACGGGGAGUCGAAAAGCCCUGAACGAUUACCGGGUAUACGGGGAGAUGGCAAAAUCUUUAGCUGAACUGGCGUGGCUCCCUAGGGGAAACAUGGCUUUUAGUAAAACUUCUGAAUAGAUCCUUGUUUGGGCUGGGUCUGGCCUCGCCUUUGGGCCGAAGGCGGCUGGGAACACUGGCCCCAAGCCAAACACGGCACUCCUGAGCCCCCAGCAUUCAGGAGACUACAGGCCGGAGGGUGUGGGCCGAAACUAGGCUGCAGAGAGGCUGCUCUGUGUACUUGGGAUCUCGCACGUGAGCCUUUAGGAGGCUAACUUUCCGCAACCCUGGGGGCAACCACAAGUGGGAUAGAUAGCACCUCCCCCCACCCCCUUUCACUCCCUAGCCUGAAAGUGAGCGUGGAUCCCCUUCCAGUUUACUCCUGAGGGCUGGCAUCCGGGCCGGGGAAGAUUUUCCGGCCGGUCCGGGGCUCUGUCGUGGGCCGCGGGGGUCACUUUCAAUGUGGAAUUCCCCCUCUGUCUCCCGAAUGACCUAUCGUCAACCGGUCACUCAAAGCAAAGUAAACCGGGUAUUGCAUAGAGGCUAUCCUACUGUUUUAAGUAGGAGAGGUGAUUGUGUUUGGAAAUGGAAUCUAGGGUGAAGUGUUGUGAAUGGUGAGGACUGUGUAGCCGGGUGCCCUUUGAAACCGUCCAGAAAAUGACGACCUCCUUGUAGGAAGUCUACUUCGUGCUGAAAGGCAGUGUACAAAUGGCCUUCUCUGUCUUCACUCUAGUUGCUUAACAUAAUCGUGUACUCACUUCAUGGAAGCUUGGACACUCAUGACACAUUUUUUUUUUUUAUAGACUGACUUUUUCUCCCUAAAGCUGAGUACAGUCAGUGUGCAGCCAAAGUCCUUCAUAUUGAAGGUAACGUAUCGAAUUGGAAAAGUUUAGCUGAAAGGUAUUUGGAAAAGACUGUUGCCAAAUUUCUGGCCCGAAACACACAACGUCGUUGGUGUCCUUACCCUUUACUAUUCACUACACAUGCUAAUUCCCUUGAAGCUGAAAUGUUGUCUCUUCAACUCUAGACUUGAGAAAUGCAUUUUUGGAACUCCCAGAAUAUGCAUCGGUCUAAGUUAUUUCAGCAGGUUUAAAAGGUAAUGAAGCAAAUUUGGCUCUGCCUAGUUGCGAAGAACCACUUAAACUUCCACAUGUAGUCAGCAGUAAAGAACGUAUGUAUGGUCAUGCUAACGGCACUUGGUUGAAAUAAUUUUGCAAUAAAAGUAUUUGUUUGCCUAGCACCUACAA